AGGAAAAUUAGUCUCAAAGAUUAUACCAAAACAUCAACAGUUUGAUGCUUUUGUUGCUUCCUGAGAUUUGUUUACACGAGAACACGAGUGAAGAUGCGGGCAACCAGUUCUCUAUUUCGACAGCAUUUAGGAUGGCACUUCAAAAGAAAAUGGAAAAUUCAUGGAGCUAAAGUGAUCAAUAAUACGCCAGCGGAAGAAGUAUUAAUAUCUCUUGGAAAAACGGUUCACAAUCCAGACGAUAUUCUCUACGAAAGGCGGCCGUUUCAGAAAGUAAAUAUAGUUGGUACUCAGGAUUUGGAAGCUCCUCUUGAUGAAAACCACCCAUUGUUCAAGGAGAAACCAUGUCUUGUGUUGGCAGACCACAAUGUAGUUGUUGAAGGGCUUGACCAGAUGAAAGUACUUACAAAGUCAGUGGAAACUGAGGAUGGUCUGCCAUCUAUUGUGGAAAACUUAACACCAAAAGAAAAUUCAGAACUGAAUGAUAAAUUGGUCAAAAGGUGUAUUCUGUCAUCACAUGUGUUUGAUGCCUCUCAGGAAAAGCUGCCUCAUAUACGUGAUCCAAAUCGACCUGCUUUUAAGUUCCCGAGAGUGUAUGGUAUAUCAUACAGUCGUCGAGCGAAGCUGCUGUCAUCUCGACUCUUCCAGUUGUGUGAGUCCUUGGUUCAAGGAUCAGCUACACAGUCCUCAGUGAUUGAAGAUGGAAAGACAACUGUUUUCUUUGACAAGGAGAAUGACCUCAUCCAAUUUGAUUUGACCAUUGAUUUAGCUCAUAUCCGUGCUUCACCACUGAAACCACUGUCUGCUGCAGAUGAUACACUGGGAAUUUCACUUCCUGAUAUCUACCCUUUCUCGAGUACCAUUACUCUUGAGCCAAAUAAUUUCUAUGAGAUAAGGGACCAUACAUUUUUCAACAAAAAUAGACCUGCGCGGUAUGUCAAUACAGCAAUUACUUAUUUUGAUGAAACAAAAGUAUUUAAUCUCUAUGAGACUCCUGUUACUGAGAAGCAAAUACUUGGGCGAACACUUGCAAAGGCAUUUGCAGUUGCAGCAGCUCAAGCUAGACACAGAUUUGGGGACAAUGUCAAGAACCUACCAGAACCAGUCACCAUACAGUGCAUACAGACAGAUGGAAGGUGGUUCCAUUUUUUAGUGUUCCAGCUCAACACACUGAAUCUGAAUGGCAAAGACGGAGUAAAGAAUAUAAUGUGGAAUAUUCCAAGAAUCCAAUUAUUUAAUUCAUGUACUUAUAUCAAAGGUAAACCAACAUUGGAGGGAUAUAAUCCAGAGGUAUUUAAGAGAUUGUUGGGAUUUUAUAAACACAGUCUUCACUAGCAGAAUGUUAUUGUCAACUAUAAAUAAACAAAUUGUAUAGACAAAUCUGAGUAAACUUUUUCUGUUAUACCAACA